AUGGCCCUGCGUGCUGAAACCCGCUGAGCGGAAAAAAGAGCGAGCAGGGCGAGUGGGCAUUGCUGGUGCCGCUACCGCCCAUAAAAGGGAGCGAGCGAGCGAGCGAGCGAGCGAGUCUUGGAAGGAACGGGCGGCCCAGCCUGGGAGGCUCUCGGCACGGCGUGGGGGAAAGCUUCGAGCCAAGCCCGCACGGCGACGGGCACCAGGCGUCAUGUCCAUGGAGGACCCCUUCUUUGUGGUGAAAGGGGAAGUUCAGAAGGCAGUGAAUACUGCUCAGGGGCUGUUCCAGAGAUGGACAGAACUCUUACAAGAUCCGUCAACAGCCACAAGAGAAGAAAUUGACUGGACCACUAAUGAGCUAAGGAACAACUUAAGGAGUAUUGAGUGGGAUCUUGAAGAUUUAGAUGAAACAAUUAGCAUUGUUGAAGCAAAUCCUCGUAAAUUCAACCUUGAUGCAACAGAACUGGGUGUGAGAAAAGCCUUCAUCACAAGCACCCGGCAGGUGGUCAGGGAUAUGAAGGAUCAAAUGUCAAAUACUUCUGUUCAAGCACUGGCUGAAAAGAAAAACAGGCAGGUGCUUCUGGGAGAAAGUAGAACUCACAGCUGGAGUUCUGGGGCUGAUAAAUACAGCCGCUUGGAUCGAGAACUGCAGUCUGCAAAUUCACACUUCAUUGAAGAGCAACAAGCGCAGCAGCAGUUAAUCAUCGAUCAGCAGGAUGAACAGUUGGAGCUGGUCUCUGGCAGUAUUGGAGUACUAAAGAAUAUGUCCCAGCGCAUUGGAGGGGAAUUGGAUGAACAAGCUGUCAUGUUGGAUGACUUCUCUCAUGAGCUGGACAGCACUCAGUCACGACUAGAUAAUGUUAUGAAGAAACUUGCAAAAGUGUCCCAUAUGACUAGUGAUCGAAGACAGUGGUGUGCAAUUAUCAUCCUCCUUGUUAUCCUUCUGGUGGUGCUUAUUCUAUUUUUUGUGCUGUGAUAGUUUGGGGCUCAAAUUCUUUUCUGAGUUCCUUUUGUGCAGACAUCUCAGACACUCUUGCUGUCCACCAGAGAGAAUUCUCAUCAUGGAAAACACCUUAUGAGAGUUUAAUACUGUGCUCUGCUGUGGAUGGAUAUCAGUGACAUAACACUCUGUCCUCAUGGUGGUUCUUCUCAUGAUCAUAAUCAUCUUGCUCAAGGAAGAAAUGGACCAUUCGCAUACACCCAAACUCUGCUAACACUGGAAUGUCUCCCUGGGUUGAGACAUGGGCUCUUUUUUUUCCCAAUGCUCUACUAUGGGACAGGUGGUUGAGAAUGGAAGAAACUGGUGUGUGAUCUCAUUUCCAUCCUGUUGCAGGUAUGAGCCACCAGAUGCCUUUCGUCUGCUUAUCAUAACAGGACUCUUGGAAAUGUUAAACCAGCAUACACAUACGUGUGCACUCACACACAAGCAGAUCUUGCAGAAACUAUCCCAUUGCCUACAAGAUUCCUUUCACAGGCCUUUUACACAGCCCUGCCUGCCAAAUAAUCAUGGAUCUUUAAAGGAGGCAAAGGGCCAGUAAGAGCAGCCACUGAACUCACACUGUGAAUAUUUGUUUUCUCCAGAACGGGAUUGUGCACUUGAAAAUGUCAAGGGUACAUAAUUCUGUGCCCAUUGUUGUAAUGCUAAAUAAUGUUAAAUAGAACAGUAGAAAGCUACACAGGCAGAAUGGGAGGAAAGCUACAGGCCUGUAUGUGUUGCUGAAACAAAACUAAAGUCAGCCUCAGUACUCCUGGAAGCAGGGCAAAUGGCAAAUAGAGCCACAGCAAGUCUGGGCAUUGGACUGGAAUUCAGUUCUGCUUCAGUGAGGCAGACUGGCCCUAGCAGGCUAAUACAAGCCAUAAGCAAAAUCUGUGCAUGUCUGUGUUGUCAUACAUCAGACAGCUGUAGUGACUCUUCUUUUCAGAGCUGUAAUCUCAGUUCUGUUGCAGUAUGGAAGCAAAAGUCAGUAGGCAUACUGUAGUUACUAAAAACUUGCACUUUUUGGGGAGAGGGAGUGUGAAAUAUUUGUGGCUUUGAUUAUCAGCUCUCUGAAAAGAGAAGCUUCCAUCUGGGUUCUGCUAAUUUAAGAGCCAGUUUGAUGUAGUGGUUGAGGCAUCAAGUUAGAAACUGGGAGACCAUGAGUUCUAGUCCUGCCUUAGGCAUAAAGCCAGCUGGGUGACCUUGGGCCAGUCACACACUCUCAGCCCUAGGAAGGAAGCAAUGGCAAAACGCUUCCAAAGAACCUUGCCAAGAAAACUGCAGGGACUUUCCCAGGCAGUCUUCGAGAAUUGGACACAAUUGGACAAAUGAGGGGGAAAAAAAUAAGAGACUUUCGUUUCAGUAGCUGUCAAAAUUUAAUCUUUAAAUGCAGGCGUGGGGGAAAUGGCUUCUGAUCAAUCAGUGCCUCUUCUUUCUGUCUUGUGUUUACGUCUUGGGGAGAAUAUAUCCUCUCCUGGAUGCACAAGCACACAAGGAAACAAAGUUGCACAGCUCCUUUAAUGUUUUCAAAACUUAAAAGUGCAUAGCAAACUGCGCUCCAAAAGAAUAUGGAAGCAUUCCAGUCCUUUGAUGAUAGAAUAAUUUUGCCAUUAUUUUGCCAUUUUGAUAGUGGGGUGGAAUUACUGCAGACUAAUAAAGAGAUAGGAUCAUGGUUGCUCCUAGAUCCUAUCUCUGGACACUUCCCCACUAAGGCCUGAUAACAGGUAGAGGAAGCUCCAUUUCCCUUGAUUCUGUCAUAAGGUGGUUUACUUGAACUCUACAAGAUCAUCACUUCCUUUCAAAAAUGAAUCUGGUAUGAACUUUUGGAAUGUUCUGUCUAGACUUCAUGGUGGCAAAAAGGGAAUAUUUUGGAAGGUAAUGUGUGUACUUCACUAAUUUCAAAGUGUGGUAAGCCCACCCUGCUGCUUUUUGUGGUUCCUUUUUGCAUAUUCUGCUAGGAGUGGAAAUCCUGGAUUCCUGCCAAAUCCUUUUAGGCAUUAAUAUGUCUCAUUUGGACUUCUUUUCCUUUAAGAAACCCACAUGCUAGAAGUUGUCAAGGCCCAGCACAAUGAUUGCUGUCAAAAGCUCGGUUUAAUUUGCACCCUGUGAAAUCUACGGUUCCCCACCACCAAUGAGAUUCAUAUAUUGUAUCCCCACUAUUUUGUAAGAUCUUAAUUAUCUGAAGAUUUUUAUCUGAGCACAUAGAACCUAUGGGUUCUUGUUUUUCUGUUCUGAUGUUUGUGUCAGGCUAAUUAGGAAGCCGCAUUUAGUUUGUAUGAAGUUUUAUUGAUUACAUGUCUAACAUUAUUUCAGUACUGCAAUUGCUAAAUUGACUUUGGGUGGAAAUACAUGGAUUGAAAACAUGUUUCUUCCAGCUUUUGAGUGGGAGAGGUCUCUGAUCUCCCUAUGUAUUCCCAAUAUGAAAGUGCUGAUUUCUUCAUGUCAUGGUGAGUGUUUGUCUGAACAGCUAGGAGCAUUGUAGGUCCAGUUUUCCAUCUCUUAUUGACCUGCUGGUUCAGAAGCAUGUGAAAGAGCCCAACAACUGUGGUUUCCUUCUAGAUACAGAUCUCUCUCCCCUACCCCUCAGGCCAUUCUUUGGUCCUAGACUAAAGAUUCCAGAUUCUUGUCAGGUUUAAUUAAUUUCCAUAUUCUGAUGAGGUAGUUAGAAGUUGAUUGAGACAAAGCUCAGUAGAGUCAUAGCUGCUACCUCACUUUCUUUGCUCCCAGAAAAGUAAUCAAUAAGAACAACAGAGUACUCCUCCUGAGCAGAGAAUUUAGACAGAUAUUCAGUGUUUCCUCUGAAUAGGUAAAAAGAAUAGGAUAUCUUGAAAGCCAAUUGAGACACUUCAAUGCAAAUUUCUCUAUAAAUAGAGAAGUGAAAUCAAGAGAGUGUGAUUCCAUGAUACUGUUCAAUGCUACAUGUGUUCCAGAAGCUUGUGCAGCAUUAGAGUGUACUAUAGCUGUAUACUCCGGACAAUCAUGUGAUGGCAACAAAUAGAAAACUCACUCUUCAUUGCCAGCUAGUGGUCAUAUGGAUUCUUGCAGGACCAAAAUAGCACACCUAUUGUCAGGCUUCCCUAGCAGGCACAGAGAGGUUUCUCAUUAAGAAAGCCCUCCCUAGAGAGGGCUCCCUGAAGAUAGGAAGUCUGUGAUUUUAUUUAGUUGCCAUAAUUUCCCCUUCACUCACAUAAUUUUAAUUCCUUACUCCAACUGCCUGUGUCUUGCAGUAAAUCUGUCUGGAAAACAAUGCUUUUAGACAUGAUCUCUUGAACGUUCUCUAGGCAUUGGGUUUAAAAUUUGAGUACUUUCUUAAUCAUUACUUAAAAAUAUGUUACAGACUCACUUUUAGUCAGUAAUAAAAAUUGAACCUAGUUCAAAGCUGUGUUUUAACAUUCUGCAGCAUGUAUCAUCAGAAUAUUUGGAUGCUUUUUAAAAAAAAUUUUUUUUGUAAUGCUCAAGCUCUUAAUAUUUUCAAGGGAGUGCUGACACUCCACCUUUCUGCAAUGCUGUGCUUGUGUCAAUUAUGUGGCUUUUGCCUUGAAAUCAUGCUUGUACUUAAUCUCUCUUCUGCCCCACCCCCUUACACUUCUUUAAAGAGGGAAAGUAUUGAGCUAACAAAAGUCUCUGUAACUCUGAAUGUCCUCCUUUGAAUGGCUACCUUUUCAGUACUGCUAUAACAAAGGGAAUCUUUGUAUAUCUGGACAAUUCUGGCACGGCUGCUACUUCAGAACAAGCCGGGUUUUUGUUUUGAACUAAAUUCCAUGAAACAACUCUUUUGAGAUAAAAGGCUAGAAGUGCUGCUUUGAGAAACAACAAGAAGUAUCUUCAUCCCAUGCCACUUCUACAGGAGGACAAAGCUUCAUUGCUGCAGGUGCUUCCACAACAGAGGAUGCAAACUGAUUAGUCUAAAAGAUGACAGCAUAAAUGGACCCACUCCUAAGAAAAUGAUUGUUUUAAUUUUCUGUGUUUGGAGUGAACAUGGAUUUUAUAGGAAAAAAGACAACAUGUUUUAGAAAGAUACGGUCAUUUCCAGAUUGUGUGCCAGGUCAUUUAAAUAUAACUUGCAAUAAGCACUACUAAACUGGGACAAUGACAUCAUUCCAGGCUUUGAGUGUCAGUGCCUCUUCCGUAUCAACUCCCUAAUGACAGAUUUUGCGGGAUUUGUACUCUGGAUGUGAUACCAUUCGGCCCCUUUCACUGCAGAGAUGUGCCAGAUUCCUUUAUUUGUGAAGGUGGCUGCUUAAGGAUUUGCUAUGGAAAUGUCUUUUUCCAUUUGUUAAAAAUAAGGCAUAUGAGUGGCCUCUAAUUCAGACAUGGUGUCUCUGCUUGGUAGCUUUUAAAUAUGCAAAUCCUGAGAGUUGUGUCAUGUAAUAGAAUUUAGGGACAAGCAGGUACAUCCCAACAGUUCAAUAAAGUAUAUUCAUGCAGGUUU